UCGCGUGAUCUCCAUGCUUGUCGCUGUGAGGAAAAAGUCGAAUAGCAAAUGAUUGAUGCCUUGGGAAAACGUCUCGUUAGCUAUGUUUAAAAGGACGAGCACAAAAUCGUAUCCUAUCGCGAAUAUAAUUUGCAGAGUUUCACACGGAGUCUUUAAAAUCCCCUGUACAUUUGUGGCUAAGAGCAACUGCAGGGGCUCGGCUUCACCGUAGAUUUGUGCUUGCUAAUUUAGUUAGCCGUGCUAACGCUAGCUGGUUAGCUUUGUUUACAUGAAGUGCGCGCCUGGAUCUCUGCUAUUUUUCUGUAAAUCCAUUUGGACUUUUUAUGGUGGAAAAUCGACCACUACUGCACCGUAGAAGAAACUCCUUUGACUUCUGCUUGGAUUCUAUGUUACCACAAGUCAAUUUUGGUUUUAAACGCUUGGCUGAUGUCGGAAGCUAAUAAGAGCACGGCGAUGCUAACCUUUUGAUCAUGAAUCCUUUGAUCACGUAAUUCUUUGUUGGGACUUAUGCGUCAGCGGGCGCAAUGUGAGUAGAUAAAGCAAGGCUGCACACAUUUCCGACACAUUACCAGCCCUAUUGUUCGUUUAAAACUGCGCUUUAUUGAGAUACAAUGCAUUGAACCGGUGGUGCUAACAUUAGCUAGCCACCUGCCGUGUGAACGUGCUUGUACACUGUAAAGCCGCCUCACUAUGAUCGCAGCCUGUUGUGGUGUUUAUUAAUUAUUCAUACUAUGGAUGCAUUGAGACACUCAGGUGACUGAUUGCUGCUUCACUACUCGGUGUUGUUUCCCGCUUCUUGUCCUCUACGGGGUUCGGUGUUGGCCUUUCUCAGUCUGAGCAGUAGAUUUUUCCCUGGCCGUGUUUCCCCGGAGCAGCGGAGUAGAGCAAUGAACGGACUGAAUGCCACCGGUCUGUACGUGUCCGCCAGCCGGGCCGUGCUGCAGUGUGACCCGCGGCAGCCGCACACCUUCUCGGACAUGUACACACUCCUGCCCUUCUUCCGCCAGUCCCUGUCCUGCUUCGUCUGUGGUAAACUGCUCCAGGACCCAAUCUCUCCUGCACAUCCAGACUGUGGGCACAGUGUCUGCUUGGGCUGUAAAGGCCAGAAGAUGCGGGUCAGACUGUCAUGUAAUCGAUGUAAGGACUACUCUUUGUUCCAGGAGAACAAGCAGCUGUCUCUGCUCGUGCAGUGUUAUAGGAAGCUCUGUGUGUAUGUGCUGCACUCGCCGCUGCUGCAGUCCAUCAGCAGUGUGGGAGGCUCUCCAGAGGUCGUGGCCUUGUUAGAUGAGGUGUUGAUGUCGGAGGAGGAGACAGACGAUCUAAACAUAGUGCAGGAGGAGACAUCUUCUACUGCUCCAGAGUCCCUCACAGCUACCGAGGCACCGGCUCUGUCCACAGAGGUGGCUGCUGCUCAGAGCUCCUCAGACCCUCCGUCUUCUAAUGGACCACAGGAGUGUAAUGGGGAGCUGCUGGAGGACUUGGACCCCUCGUCCCCAGAACUGGAAGUGUGUGAGUUGGUGGAGGAGCCCCCCACUGCCCUCUCAGUCUCCUCUGCAGGCUGUGGGGGGCUGGAACUGAGUCUGACCACUGCUCCUCUGGCCACAAGCACAGGCACCAUGUGCUCUCUCAGGGAUGGGGAUGCCAGCAGCAGGGAGCUGGAGGAAGGAGAGGUGCUGCUGCUCAGUGUGGAGGAGGUCCUACAGACUCUAGACCCUCUGCAGCCUGGCAGAGACUCUCCUCAUUCAGAAAGAACACACUUAGGCUCAGAGCGAGCACACACACAGAUGUACAUUCAGCUGGACUCAGCCCACAACUACACACAGAUCCAAACAGACAGGACUAACACAGUGACUGCUCAUCACACACACACAACCGCCCUGGACCCCCCACCGAUCCGCCUUAACCGCAAACGCUCACGUUCAGAGAGCGACAGGGAGAAGGUCAAACCCCUGCCCAUCUCCUCCAUCCUUCAGGGCUCCACUUCUCAUGUACAUACUAACCCUUCGCACACACUGCUGCACACACAGCCCUCUGUGCCCUCUAUAACUGUCCCCGCACACACAUACUCUUCUUUCUCCAAUGGGACGCCUCCCAAAACCAGUCGACCUGUACAGAACCACAGUAAAGGAGCUAGGAAGCAUGUUGACCCAAACCCUAAAAAGCCCCACGCCAAGCCUCGGAGCAGUGGAGGCUCCAAAUCCAAGGACCGGAACAAAGAGCAGCGUCUCCUGCCGGGCUGCAUCAUCCCUGCAGCACCGGUCCGGCCUCCAUACAAGAAACCAGUGGAGAAGAAGGGCUGUAAGUGCGGCCGGGCCACACAGAAUCCCUCAGUGCUCACCUGCAGGGGGCAGCGUUGCCCUUGUUACUCAAACCGCAAGGCCUGUCUGGACUGUAUAUGUCGUGGUUGCCAGAACUCCUACAUGGCAAACGGGGAGAAGAAGCUGGAGGCGUUCGCAGUGCCAGAGAAGGCGCUGGAGCAGACGCGACUCACACUGGGCAUAAACCUGACGAGCAUCACUGCAGCGGCUGCACUCCGUAACCCGGCAACCACCAGCAUUCGCGGCAACACCCUCCUCAACGUCACCACGGCGACAGGAUCACCAGUACCAACGGCCUUCCUGUCCCCCAGCUCGCCAGAGGAGCCCAGCUAUGAGGACAGUCUGGAGCUGCUCAUUGGAUAAGAAAAAAAAAUGGAGAGCUUGUUAAAUGAAUGUGAGACCUGGUUAUUCUGUCAACCUGCACCACCCUCCUCACACCAGUGGAGGGCGUCUAAGGCAGCUAUGGUUCUGUCCUGUAUGUUCUCUGCUCUUCUGUUGGAAAUGCUGAGUAGUAAGACUAGCAUGGGUGUGCCAAAGCCUCCUGUUUUGUGCCUGUGUGUCCCUGUAUGUAACUGCCUGUCCCUAGUUCAACAUUUCUCUUUGGUUUCCAUGUUUUGACCGCUAGGGGUGCUUAUUUUCCUCAAAUAGAUGACAUCCAUACUGUACACAGCAAUAUUAGGAAACCGUAUUAGAUUUUCCACAUGUGUACACAAGCCUAACAAAGUAUCAACCAUCAAAUGUCACAACAGCAUUUUACAUGUUCCAAGUAUUCCUGUAUGUGUCUCCAGCUAUAUCAGGACAACCAGUACUAUUAACCCGUGUAUGUUAAUUGUGAACGAAUCUUGUGAUUAAUCUAUGGACUGUAUGUUUUUCCACACACAAGACUGUAUGCCUUUUUAUAUCAUUGACUUCACUCGAUCCAAGUACUGUCGAAUGGUGAACUUGUCUUAACGACUGUACACAACACUUACUGUAUCGUCAAUGCGCGAGGUACAUUGUGGACUGUAAGCACUUAGUUUCAUUGAUUGGCCAAAUUACAAGCUAAAAACCACUAUCGGUUACCAUAGCAAUAGGAGCACCAAACAAGGAGCCUCCCAGCCCUUGUGCACACACACGUUGUUUACAGUAUUGUCUUCUAUAUUAUAACGAGGAUUGUACAUGAUUGUGUGUUUAGAUAAACUAAAGCCAUAGGUUGUUAUUGACAAAAUAUAAUAUACCCUCUUUGUGCGUGCAUUUACCCAUCACCUGUAGAGUCCCAACUGAUGAUAUGAGACCAACUCAAACUAUUUUUGAUACCAAAUGUUCAAUAACUGGUUCACUGUAUUUCUUUUAACUUGUUUUUGUUCACAGCACCUUCAUGCCCACUUGUAACUACAUGAGGCUGUUUGCUGUCCAUGUUAUUGUUUACUGUCUCAGCUAAAACUACAACCUUUUAUUCAUUUAGUUCCAGUCAAAUCGACCAAAACUAUGACUGACAGAUCUUUGACCAGUAAGGAAGUAGUGGGCGGGUAACACAGCCGUCUGAUCAGAAAGCAAACCCUAGUCUGCGUUGUCUAUGUUUCAAAAUGUCUUUCUUUUGGGCAUUACUUGAACCCUGGUUGAGUUUUGGUAUUGUUUUUUUAUGUAAAGCUCUUGCAUAAGGAGUGACGUUUAUUAUUGCUGAAACAUUCACUGCCAUAAUAUGGAAAUGUGUAUUACGUCAUGAAUUAAAAGAUAGUUUUUUACUUUUUCAG